GGCGCGAUUGAAAACGUUUGACGCGAUGUGUACAAACAACGAAGUGCCCAGCGGAAUUUCAAGGAGCCGCACCACUCAAUAUAUAAAUAUGAUUCACGGAUCCCCUAUAUUUUGUUUUCAACAAGUGAAUACUUUUCAUUUAUUUAUGUCUCAGAAUAGUGUGCAACGGAUAAACACAAAUUCGAAUUCCAAUGGCUCGUCGAACGGGAAAGAAGCAUCGAACGUCGAUCGGAAUCGACAGCGAAUGUCAGUUUUGUCUGAUCUACAACUACAAAGCACCGAAAUUGGAGUCAUUGCGGAAACACCGGAUUACGAAAAUUUGAGCAUUUCUGCUGUUCUUCAUUACUGCAAAAACAAGAUUUUGAGGCCCUAUCUACGGUUGCUAGCUGUCAUGGGACUCAAGCCCACGAGUACCGACGAUUCUGAACAUUUUUCCAGGAAUUGCGUACUCGCCAGCUUUCACACGUUUCAAGUCACCAUUUUUAUGUGCAUUGGUUAUAUUUUGCAAUACAUGGCUUGUUUCAGGCGAGACAGGGGAUUCUGUUACAAGCUUUUACCGAUCGAAUUGGAACCGACGUUCAAUAUUACAAAAGCUCGAGAGUACGAGCAAAUUUGUUACGGAAAUGCAGUAUUCAGUUACUUGAUACCAAGCGUUCUCCAUUUGGUCGCUUAUCUCUACACCGUUCAUUUAUUUCGUAUAAAGGAAAAUGAGCAGCUACAAAAUCUUAUGGAGAGGGCGUUUCUCUUGUCCUCAAAUCCUGUUAAUCGAGGCAGCCAGAAGAAAUUAGUCAGGGUACUUUGGCUGUUCAUUGGUAUGAGUGUCGUUUGGAUGACGAUGGCUCUCAUCAGUGUUAAUGUCAUGAUGGCUCGGGGCACGAUAUUGUUUCAAUGGCUGGAACACAGUCCUGCCCAAGUUAAGCUGACAGCCAAAAUCCUAUUGAUUAUUUGUACUCUGUGGCACGACAUGGUCCAGGGAACAAUAAUUACGAGUUAUUGCUUGCAAGGACAGCUUUUGAUCUCCCACUUGACGUUUCUGAGAGCGAAAUUGCUUCAACAUACACAACCAGCUAUAGAUUGGAUGAAGGAGAUUUCAGAGUUCAAAAAAUUAUUGAAAUACUUCAACGACGAUCUUGGACCAGCUGUCUGCAUUUAUACCAUCGUAAAUCUGUCGUGGGCUGCUGCUGGCAUCGCGUGGUUGCUCAAAUACGAUAGUAUUGACGUUAAAACGAACCCAGUCACGUGGAUCAAUAUCGUGAAUGUGGUGCUCUGGAUACUCGUGUCGGUUGCACCCUUCAUCCAGGCAGCUCGUUUGACGACCGCCUGCUCCAUGAUCCAGAGUAUCGGGCACGAGGUUCGAAUACGACCGUUCGUUUACCAGGCAACUCCAGGGGAAGAUUUGGACACGAUAUUGCUGUACACCUCAUCCUUGAAAAUGUGCGCCAGACUUUUCAGGGUUCCGAUCACCGGUCGCUAUCUUUGUCUUCUUUUGACCGUUGGCUGUAUUUCCGUUUUGACGCUGGGUCAAUGUCACUUCUUUUCGUAAUUUACCUUCUCUUCGUCGCCCUAACUUCUCACUCCAUCUCAUUAUCUAUCAUCGACCCACUUACAUUUUUGUACAAAUUUGAUAGCUAACGUAAUACCGAAAACACGAUCAGAGUAUCUUAGUCACCGUAGUAAUACGUUACACAUUUUUUCGAUGUAAAUAAUUUGCUUGUCAUUCGCUAAUCUCCGGUACAACGGUUCGAAUUAAUAUAAAUUCUCCAUUAAUAAGUUUGAGUGCUUGUAUAUAAUAAAAAUAGUGUGUGGCACUCCGAAACUGUAUUUUCAAUAUCUUUUUUGAUCAAGUCCCACAUUUUAUCGUGUAAGUUUACCCAAUCGAACUACGUUCCGACUGUGAAUUGACUGUGCAGUCCUGUAUUUUAAUUGCUCUUCGAUACUUUCGUUUUGGUGUUUGACAACG